CUCACGUAAUUUCUUCUUCUUCUACUCGGUUUCUCUUACUCUUGUGAAGAAAAGGGAAAAAAAAUCCCAAUCUCGAUUGCUAUUCGCGCAACGCAACCACGCGAGGGACCCUCCUCCGUCGCUCAGCCAAGCCACCCUCGCCGGCGGGAUCCACUUCCGCCGGCGCCGAAGUACAGCCGUUUCAGGGAUUCUUGUCAUGGAGAUGAUGAAAAGAUGCUCAGACAUUCAGGUAUCAUCUACUCGGCCGCGAAAGGCGAUGCGCAUUGCUAUCAACUCCUGGUCGACGAUCUUGCUCCGUUACAUCCCUGAAGAUGUGCUGUUCAAAAUCCUCUCAUGGCUGCCAUCCAAAUCUCUCAUCCGAUUCAGGUCGGUGUGCAAGGCUUGGCACGCCACGAUAUCCAGCUCCCGUUUCGUCAAUGCUCAUCUCGAGUGCUCCAAGCAGAGGCCAUCACUGCUCGUGAUCCCUGGCUCUUUCGAGAUGAAGAAGAACGGUGAGAAUAUUGCCUUCCUGAUGAGCCUGUAUAAAUACCAGGAUCCUAAUAUAAUGCAUCUGCAGGAUUUUCCUCGAGGUAUCCGUAAAUGGAUUCGACCGGUGCACUGCGAUGGUUUGCUCCUCAUUUCUACCAGGAAGCACAAGAUGAUGAUCUGCAAUCCAUCGACAAGAGAGAUUGUUUCCCUGCCAGAAGGGAGCCAUAGCCUAUGUGGCGGCAUGGGGCUCGGAUUUGGGUUUGAUCCUCACAGCAACAAGUACAAGGUGGCUAGAGCUUUCUACCAAAGGGAUUAUCCGACAACAAGACAGGUCUGCAAGUUUGAAGUGCUUACUCUGGGCACUGAUGCAUGGAGGCAAACUGAAGAUCCACCAUACCCAAUUGACAGGUUAACUCCAGUUCAUGUGAAAGGAGCCAUCUACUGGAAGGUUUGUCGUACGCCGCUUUGCCCGUAUCCACCCAAAACAUUUCUCAGAUUCUGUUUGACUGAUGAGAAGUUCAGUCUGUUUCCAUGUCCUCCAUGCAGUGCAAAGCCUUACUGUUUCACAGAAGUAGAGGGUGAAUUGUGUUGUGCUUGUUUUUACAGUUGGACACUGGAACUGGAGAUUUGGACCUGUAGUGUUGGGCAAAACCCUGAAUGGACUCUAUGCUGUACUGUACAGAUUACACCUGAUCUUGUUAUGAAUCACUUUGUAGAAAUACCUCCUUUGGUUGUUUUCCAUAGAAGAAAGCUGCUGCUGGCAUCCAACAAGGUCUACCGGUAUGACAUCGAAACAUGUAAACUGGAGAAAAUAGCUUCAACAUUUGAAGACUUCACGUGCUGAAAAUAGCUUCAACACCCGAGGAAUGGUGUGUACCAAACAUUUUUGAAGAAGGCAGUGAUGGAUCUUCACCUGUUUAAUUAUGCUGAUAGUCUAGUUGCGGUUAGUAAAUUUUGAGAAGCUACUUCUUUGUGUAACAAUUAGUUUGCAUCUAUAAAUCUAGUUAAUUAUACUGAAUAGGAUCUACGCUACUAUUUAAGAAUUAAGCGUAACGGUUAAUUUGGCAUUCCAGUCAUAAAUCUCAGGUUUGCAGAAAUGGAGGCUCAUUCUGCAAUCUGCAGCAGCACCAGCAGCAGCUCUCGUCACAGCCCUUCUUGCUGUUGCUACACUUAUGAGCUGCAACUUUAAAGGUGCAGACAGUUAGAUAUACUGUGUUGUCUUGAUACAUAGUAAGUGAUUUUUUUCUCUGAAGAUGUACUCUAAUUUGCAAUGUUGUUCUGAUUACGAAGAUGACAUUCUGUACACACAAAAGGCUGGCAUGGAAGAAGUUCAAUGAUGUGAUGCGCAGAGCUGGGAUUCGAUCCUUAUCAACUCUUAGUUCUUUUCAUUAAUUAAACUGCAUUUAUGUGUGCUCCUUUUCCUUCCUUGGAUCAGAAAUAUUUGACCGUUAGGGCAAGGUUUAAUCAAACAUUUAAAACUUUGACCAUUAAUUUUAUAUUAGAAAUAAAUUUAUAAAAGCUAAUAAGCUUAUGAUAUUAUAAUAGUAAUUUCAAGACAUAUACCAUUUUUCUUGUUUUUAAACUAAAGCAUUUGAGAAACUGUUGGUGAUAAAAAAAAGUUUGACCAAAUCUUAGUAGUGUCACAAAAAAUUGACCGGAGGGAAUACUUGCACUGACACUAUCCUAAUUUGCCUGCAGAAAUGUUUGCUACAAACAAUCUGGCCGGCGCUGUCGGAUCAACUGUAUUCAGAGUUAUCUGAAUUUAUAAUUGCGGCUUCGAUAUAUUAACUUUUGUUUUCUUUCUUUGGUACAUGCACAGAUGUGAUGGUUUGUGGUUAACUGCAAGUAUUAUUUGCGAAAUUGGCACUUCUGACUGAAAACUUAAGCCGUCCUUGCAGACUCAGCAGAUGGAGAAGUUAUAAGAGCAGACCUUGCAUUGCCUACCUGGAGCAAUGAUGCUCAAGUAGGAGGUGGUCGUCGUGAUUCCUAGUGCAUUUUGAAGCUUUCAUGGCUUGUAUAUAAAAUUGGGGCGCUUACUGCAACAAAAAGGAGAACCCUUUUCAUUUCAGGGUAAGUAUAUAUGGUUCAGAAGAAGGCAAGUUCAACCAUAGAAAACUGUCAUGCUACAUCAAUCUCUCUUUGUCAACUUGCUCAAAAUAAAUGUACAACCUACAACUUGUGCAAAUAUACAAUUCAUCAAUGUUUGAUGAUCGAACCUUCCAAACAAGUAACGUGCGAUUCUGCAAAUAUAUAUAACUCCGGUGUAUAACUUGGAUAGCAAAACCGUACAUGACAAGAUCAAAACACAUUCUUGGAUCUUGUG